CACUUAACCCAAAACUCGUCCACAGUCCACGUGUUGAGAUUGCGCAUGUUCGAGUUAGCUAGAGGCUAACUGUAGUUAACCAGUACCAGAGCCUGCCAUGUUCCGGGUUUGGAUAUUUCAUUCACAAGAUGGCAACAGAAGCGAAACGACCCAAGGUAGAUCAUGGUUCAGUGCUCAGUCCCCUGCAGAACUUUUUACAGUGGUGCGACAGAGUCGGCUUGGUACUCAGCAAUAAGGUGUGUGUGAGUAAAGAGGGAACAGUGGCAGAGUAUGGGAUGCUGGCGAAGGACCACAUAGAGGAGGGGGAGGUUAUAUUCACCAUUCCCAGAUCCGCUCUUCUGCACCAGGGAACAACCAAGAUCUCUGCCCUGCUGGAGAAAGAGCAGUCGUCUCUGGAGAGCUCCUCUGGCUGGGUUCCCCUAUUGCUGGCUCUGCUGUAUGAGUAUACAUCAUCACAGUCCCACUGGAAACCCUACCUCUCUCUGUGGACCAAUUUCAAGACGUUGGACCACCCCAUGUUCUGGUCUAAAGAGGAGAGAGACAGACUCUUGAGGGGGACAGGUAUUCCAGAGGCUGUGGACACGGACUUGGCUAACAUCCAGAGGGAAUACACAGACGUGGUCCUUCCCUUCAUCGCAAAGCAUCCUGACCUCUGGAACCCCGACACACACACGCUGGACCUUUACACACAGCUGGUGGCCUUUGUCAUGGCCUACAGUUUCCAAGAGCCACAGCAAGAGGAGGACGAUGAUGAUGAUGAGGAGGAGGAGGAUGAGAAGGCCCCCAACCCGCCAAUGAUGGUUCCCAUGGCUGACAUGCUUAACCAUGUGUCCAAUCACAAUGCCAAUCUGGAGUUUACACCAGACAGUUUGAAGAUGGUUUGUGUGCGCCCCAUUCAUAAAGGCGAGGAGGUAUUUAACACCUACGGGCAGAUGGCCAACUGGCAGCUGCUGCAUAUGUACGGCUUCUCGGAGCCGUAUCAAAGCAACAGCAACGACACAGCUGACAUCCCCAUCACAAACCUCUACAAAGUCGCCACGCAAGGUAUUCAGUCCGAUUUGGACCGGCAGCUGGUGGAGGAGCAGUGGGAGAUGCUGUGUCAGAUGAUGCAAGAGAAAACAACCGUUGUCUUUGGCAGACAGGGCUGCCUUACAGACACAGAGCUACAUACUGUGCUCAAGGUGCUGUGUAUGUCGAGCAGGGAGUUCUCAGAAUUUAAAGACAAUGAAGGAUGGGAGGAAGAUGACGAGGAUGAUGAGAGGAUCUCCCUUGCUUUCUCUAACGAGGGACUCCCUGGAUUAAAGGCUUCGUGGAAACGGCUAAUUCAUGAAGCGGCCCGACUGACUGUGAGGACCUAUGGAGAGGGUUCGGACAGCGAGCAGGUGCUGAUAGAAGACAAGGAAGCGUAUGCUGGACUGAGCAGCAGGCAGCAGAAAGCGCUGCAGGUACGCUGCGGACAGAAGAGCAUCCUGUACAGACUGAUGGAGCUCACAGAGUCAUGACCUGUUGUCAUAAUACAGUCAAUAAAUGUUUUUCCUGAUAAACUGAC